GAUCUGAUUUAUUAUUACUGCCCAUUAAACAUAACAUAUUAAACAAAACAUUUGUGAUUCGCCCGUAAUCAAAUUAAAAUCACGGGUAAAAACACGCGAGGUUCCGAUCCGGUAGGACAUUUGUGACUUAUCGCGUUUUGCUUACCAUAUAACAUUGGUUUUGUUGCUUUCUGGAGAAAAAGAAAAAAAAAAGAAAGAGGAAGAGCAUGAAUAAGAACAUACCCAAAUAAAUUAGGCUAACACGUUUUAUCCCUCAUAUAAUUAAUAACAAGUACUAGUACACAAAUUUUUAUUUUCCUUUUUUUGGAUCAGAACUUUGAAAGUGGGUGGCAGAAUCCCCAAUUUUUUUUUUAUUGGGUUUUCUAGGGUUUGUAACAACAACAAACACUUUUAAUACUAAUAGGGAUUUUUGCCUAAUUCUUCAACAUAUUGAAGGCCACAUCACAGCACCAAUAAUUUUUUUGUUUCCAGAAUUACCCUUAUCCUAACCGUGUCUGAAUUGGGUUUUUCUCUCUCCUGUUUUUACCUUUUUCAAAAAUAAAUAAAAUUAAAAAAAAUAAAUCAGCCCAAUUUGAUCCAAAUUCAUUAUUUCCUGGUUUGAUGCUUUCUGCAAUUUAAUGGGUUUUUUUUUUCUAAUUUGAGAUUUUCUGGGUUUUUCUGGGUAGAAUAUUAUUGAUAGAGGUGUUAGGGUUAGAUCUGACAAUUUCUUGUCAAUCCUGUUUUCUGAUAAAUAAUAAUAAUAUUUUUUUUGUUAUAUUUGUUUAUCUUUUUAUCUGGGAAUUUACUGGGACUGAAGUUUUUGUUUCUGGGUUUACCAAAGUGUGUUUGUAAUUAUCAGAAUCAGGGUUGUGGUCAAUGCAGUGUUUCAGCAGCUUGGCUUGGUCAACCUGAUAUUCAGAUACUUUUAGAUCAAGAUUAUCUUUUAUGGGGACUGAACUUCUUAGAGCUUGUUUGAAGGAAGAGGAUCUUGAUUUUUUGGCAGUUCCACCUGGUUUUGAGUCUUUCACGUCUUUCAAGUCGAAGACGUUGGAAAAUGCUGACAGUGAACCCUGCUGCUCAGUUUCUUCAAAUCUUUCGCGACAAGAACCUGUAGAUGUAAAAUCCGAAGCUGGAUACCCUGGUGGGGGAAAGAUUACAAGGUCCCUGAGGCGUAGACCGUCCAUGAAUUAUGGUCGAUACAAUCAGUGUUCUGAUGAAGAGUCUGAUUGUGAAAAGCUUGAUCAGAACUUCCCUACAAAGCCUGGCCUCCCAAAAGGAGUCAUCCGUGGCUGCACCGACUGUCAAAAUUGUCAAAAGGUUAUUGCAAGAUGGCACCCUGAAGGUUCAUGUAGGGCUGACCUAGAAGAGGUGCCUGUGUUCUACCCAAAUGAAGAGGAAUUUAAAGAUACAAUAAGGUAUAUCGAAAAGAUACGCCCAAUAGCUGAAAUUUAUGGAAUUUGUCGCAUUGUUCCUCCUCCAUUGUGGAAACCUCCCUUUCCUCUUAAGAAAAAGGAUAUAUGGGAAAAGGCCAAGUUUGUGACUCGUGUACAGAGAGUUGACAAACUGCAGAAUCGUGAUGCAUCUAGAAAACAAUCCAAGGUUCAUAAUAAUGCCAGGAAGAAAAGGAGAAGAUGUUCAAGAAUGGAUGUAGAGUUUGGGCCUGGGAAUGGAAAAACCUUGGAGCUUGGGGAAACUGAAUUUGGCUUCGAGCCUGGCCCAGAAUUCACUCUUGAUGAAUUCCAGAAAUAUGCUGAUGAUUUUAAGUUCCAGUAUUUCAGAAAUGAAAACUGUACAGAAUCAGGUACGGAUAGGGACAGAUCUACUCAUAAUUGGGAGCCAUCAGUUGCUAAUAUAGAGGGUGAAUAUUGGCGACUGGUUGAGAAGCCUACCGAUGAAAUUGAGGUUCUUUAUGGGGCUGAUCUGGAGACCGGAGUUUUUGGUAGUGGCUUCCCGAAAUUCUAUGAUCAAGGCUGUUCAGCUGAUGAGGAUUAUGUGAAAUCUGGAUGGAACUUGAACAAUUUACCUAGACUUGCAGGUUCCGUUUUAUCUUAUGAAAAUGCAGAUAUAUCAGGUGUUCAAGUGCCGUGGUUGUAUGUCGGAAUGUGCUUUUCCUCAUUUUGUUGGCAUGUCGAAGAUCAUCAUCUGUAUUCUCUGAAUUACAUGCAUUAUGGGGCUCCAAAAAUAUGGUAUGGUGUUCCUGGGAGGGAAGCCGUUAAGCUGGAGGAAGCAAUGAAGAAACGGUUGCCUGAUCUGUUUGAUGAGCAGCCUGACCUCCUCCAUAAGUUGGUUACCCAACUUUCUCCAUCCAUCUUAAAAUCAGCAGGGGUGCCUGUCUAUCGGUGUGUGCAGAAUGCUGGAGAAUUUGUCUUGACUUUUCCUCGGGCAUAUCAUGCUGGGUUUAAUUCCGGGUUCAACUGUGCUGAGGCAGUGAAUGUAGCUCCUAUUGAUUGGCUUCCUCAUGGACAAAAUGCUGUGGAGCUCUAUCGUGAGCAGCGACGAAAAACAACUAUCUCUCAUGAUAAAUUGUUGCUUGGAGCAGCCAGGGAAGCAGUAAAAGCUAACUGGGAGCUCAAUUUGCUCCGAAAGAACACAAUAGAUAAUUUGAGAUGGAAGGAUGUCUGUGGCAGGGAUGGUAUCUUGGCAAAAGCUCUCAGGGCACGUGUUGAUACAGAGAAUGUAAGGAGGGAAUUUCUGUGCAAAUUUGCCAAGGCUCUGAAGAUGGAGAAUAGUUUUGAUGCCACUACUGAGAGGGAGUGCAGUAUAUGUUUCUUUGAUUUGCACCUGUCUGCUGCUGGAUGUCGUUGUUCCCCAGAUAGAUUUGCAUGUUUAAAUCAUGCAAAACAAUUGUGCUCAUGUGGUUGGGAUGGAAAAUUUUUCCUCUUCCGUUAUGAUGUUUCAGAAUUGAAUCUCCUGGCUGAUGCUCUGGAAGGCAAACUUAGUGCCAUUUACAGAUGGGCCAGACUUGAUCUUGGACUUGCCUUGAGUUCUUGCAUCUCCAAAGAUAAUGGACAAAUUGUGGGGCUUAAUGGUGCAAAUUCAGAGCAUCCAGGUGAAAGUACUAUAUGCAAGGCAAACUCACAACCUAUAACGUUUAAAAAUAAAGAAGACAUUGCAAGAAUUCCAGCUGAUUUGGCUCUGAGUGAUGUAAAGAUGUCUUUGGUGGAAAAGGGGAAGUUCCCUGAUGCUGUACUGGCCUUAGAAGCAACAAAGGUCCCUCCCAUCAAAUUGUCCCGCCAAAUUAAGCGAAAGAGUGACAAACAACAGAUCAGCAAAGAUGAAGUGGAACAUCCAAAUAAGAGGUGCGCUGUACUGGAACUUCAGACGAAGCCAUCUUCACAUGGGCAAGAGGAUCUGAUAUGCCUUAGUGAUGAUGAGGAUGAGCAAUCCAAUAAAGCAUAUUCUGAUGCAAAUAAGGAAACAAUUAGUCAGGAUAGUCCAAAUGUUCCUGAGAUAGAGGGAUCAGAUCAUAAGCUGAAUCUUUGUGAUCUAGCUAAUGCAGCCUUGGCUGCUGAAGCCAAUUUAAAUUUGAUCUCCGAUGGGCAUAAAGAUGAUUGUAUGUCUUGUUCAACAUCCCCUAAUGAUGAUGCUAAUGUAAAAUGUGAAACAGUUGCUCUAUCCGAUGAACAUAAUCUUUCCUGUCAUCAAGGUUCUAUAGGUUCCAGUAUUGAGAAAAGGGAUCCAGAUGCCUCCACUCCUGACAGCUUACUUCAAAAUACAGCAUGCGCUCCCAAUGUGGGCUAUGGCAUUAAGUUUAGGGAUGAAUGUGUUGUGCAGAGAGUUCUUGACGACGCAAGGAUUCUUCCAGGGAGCCCAUCUUGUAGUCAGAGUAGCGUUGACAAAUAUCCUCGCCAGAAAGGUCCACGCAUUGCAAAAGUUGUGCGGAGAAUUAACUGCAAUGUUGAGUUGCUGGAAGUCGGGGUUGUGAUUCCUGGAAAUCUAUGGAGCACCAGCAGAGCCAUUUUUCCGAAAGGGUUUAAAAGCCGUGUCAGAUAUAUAAAUGUCUCAGAUCCCACAAAUAUGUGCAGCUACAACUCUGAAAUUCUAGAUGGAGGAGCGAAAGGACCGCUAUUUAUGGUUUCCUUAGAGCAUAUGCUGAGUGAAUUAUUUGUCCACACUUCACCUUAUAAAUGCUGGGAAAUGGUUCGUGAAAGAGUCAAUCAGGAGAUCACUAAGCAGCAUAAACUGGGAAAAGUGAAGCUUCUUCCCCCUCUGCAGCCACCUGGCAGCUUGGAUGGACUUGAAAUGUUUGGUUUUACCUCUCCGGCUAUUGUUCAGGUUAUUGAAGCAUCAGACAAAAACCGUGUGUGUGCAGAGUAUUGGAACUCUCGGCCUCUUGCACAGAUUUCACAGUGUUUUCUAUCUAGAGGAAACAACCUAAAUCCUAGUAAUAACUUGGAAGGAGCAAUGGUAGGAGGGUCUGAAACAAUACUCAGGGGACUAUUUAAGAAGGCAAACCCUGAAGAAUUACAUUCACUAAUGGCAAUUUUGGGCAAUAACCAGAGUCACGUGACUCGUGUUCUAAACGAGGAGAUUGAGAACCGAUCAAGGUAGUAUAGCAUCCAGUCUCAAGGGGAUAUUACAUAAUGGCAGAUGAACCUUGAGACUGGAGGUCGUCUGUUAGAUUGAUUUGUAAAUUCUUCGUAGCGUUUUUACAUCAUUUUACUUAGUUUUUUUAAAAGAAAAUAGCAGUGACAGAAGAAGCUGGAAACUUAUCCUUUGGAUACCCCAUUUUUCUUUCCAGUCUUCUUAAAGGGUGGGUUUGGUGGAUAAUUUUUUUUUUGGUUAACUCAUUAGGAUCCCAUUUUUAGUGCAUAAAAUAAUUUAAAUGGAGAUUUAAUUGCAAAUUACAUUAAUUGGAAUUUCUUGCUGCAUCCUAUGCAGCGUUUUGAACUAA